AUGGCUACUGCGUUGUACACUGCUAAUGAUUUCUUUCUGGUGUCGUUGCCAGGAAAUGCGAAGCCUGCUAGUGGUCAAGCUGAUGUAGACACAUGGCUGAAGAAUAACUUACUUGGAGGCAGGACGUUCGUGUCUGAUUUCAAGAUACCUGAGUUUAAAAUUGGUUCUCUGGACAAUUUGCUAGUGGAGUCUGAGGACUUGAGUAAGAUAGAUAACCAGGUCGGGUCAUCGGUUUCCAAGAUUGUCGAAAUUUUAUCUGGUAUGAAUGAGGCAUCUACUAACGAUUAUAAGACUAUACCUAUUAACAAUAUGCCGAUUCCGGAGUAUCUAGAACAUUUUGAAUGGCAAACAAGGAAAUUCAAGCUUGAUAAAUCAAUCAAGGAAUUGAUGAGCAAUUUGUCAGACGAAGCAUCACAGCUAGAUCUUGAUGUUAGAGCAACUUACACAAACUACACAAACGCAAAGUCCAAUCUGGCUGCAGCAGAGAGAAAGAAGACAGGAGACUUGUCGGUAAGAUCCCUACACGAUAUUGUUAAAUCUGACGAUUUCAUCCUAGACUCUGAGUACUUGACCACUGUGUUAAUUGCUGUACCAAAGAACUUGAAAGCCGAUUUUGAGAAGACCUAUGAGACUUUGAGUAAAAAUGUAGUUCCGGGAUCUGCUGGUAUAAUUGCAAAGGAUGAUGACUACAUCUUGUACAAUGUCCACCUAUUCAAGAGAAAUGCACAAGAAUUUACCACGGCAGCCAGAGAGAAGAAGUUUAUACCUAGAGAAUUUAACUAUAGCGAGGAGCUGAUAGAUCAAUUGAAAAGGGAACAUGAUUCAGCAGCAAGUUUGGAACAAUCUCUACGUAUCCAAUUGGUAAGAUUAGCUAAGACAGCGUUCGUCGACGUAUUCGUGAUAUGGUUCCACAUCAAAGCCCUGCGUGUCUACGUGGAGUCUGUGUUGCGUUAUGGGCUUCCUCCACAUUUCAUAAUUAAGAUCAUCGCAGUACCCCCAAAGAAUGUAACUAAAUGUAAGCAAGAGCUAGUAGAUGCGUUUGGAUUCCUAGGUGGAAAUGCUUUCGCUAGAGACAAGAAGGGUAAGAUUAGCAAAGACGACACGUCCUUACACCAAUACGCAAACUUGGUGGACGCAGAUUAUGAACCGUUUGUAUUCUAUCACAUCAAAUUGUAG